UCACUGCCUUACCUGGAAUACGGACCUGAACAAUGUAGAAUAUCGGGCUGGUAAUAUCAGAUGAAUGCGGGCGGAGCCGGGGGUGAAAGAUGUAUCAUACAUCUCUCCAUCAACUGAUCAACGCGCACAGUGUUGUAUCUUGGCCCCCAAGAUAUCAGCAGCCCCCUCCUGAAAGGAAGUACUUUUGCAGCACUGAAGGUCAUGCCGUCCAGAAUCCAACCGCAUUGACUGAGGACGAGUUGCCUGUUGGGCAGGUGAGAGAAUGAGUACUAUGUAGUUCGCCGAGAGGCAACGCUUAUAUCCACGGCCAUAGGACUCUGAAAGCACCGCAUCCCGUCCGAUCUGCGCAGUU